AUGGUACUGUCUACAAUUGAUGAGAUUGCUAUAGAGCCGGACAAGAAGCUCGACUACUCCGAUAGAACUACGAUUGAUAUCAAGUCGGAGUCUGUUGGAUACGAAGAGGCUCCGUCAAUACUAGAAUGGAGCGAAGCGGAAGAGAAGGCAAUCAGGCGGAAAAUCGACUGGCACACUGUCCCGUUGACGACAGUACUCUACCUCCUUUGCUUUCUUGAUCGUUCGAACAUCGGAAAUGCGAGGAUUCAGGGAAUGGCGAAAGACAUUAACCUCGAGGGAUUCCGAUUCAACUGGGUCUUGUCAAUAUUCUACAUUGUUUACCUCUUCGUUGAGGUUCCGAGCAAUGUUCUACUCAAGCGGGUAGGGCCGCGAUUCUACCUCCCGUUCCUUGUUGUCGGAUUCGGCGUUGUAUCAUUAUGCACAGCCUUUGUCAAAACCUACGAAGGAUUGGCAGCAGCAAGGGCAUUUCUGGGAGUCUUUGAAGGAGGCGCAAUGCCUGGGUUCUCAUUCUUCCUCAGCAGUUUCUAUCGACGAGAGGAGUUAUUGCUUCGGAUCGGAAUUUUGAUUUCAUCAGCAUCUCUUUCGGGCGCAUUUGGUGGUCUUCUGGCGACCGGCCUAUCUCGAGUGCCGGAAUGGGGCUUCGACAGCAUGCCGAUACACACCUGGCGCAACAUCUUCUUCUUCGAGGGCUUCGUUACGAUCUUGAUCGGGCUAUUCGCGCCGUUGUGGAUGCCGACAAAUCCAGCCACUGCCUAUUUUCUCACCGACCGAGAACGAGCCAUCGCCGUCGAGCGUCUUCAGCGAGAGCACAAGUCUGAUGCCAACGAGCCAGUCAGUCUCGACCAUGUUAAGAGAGCUGUCUUCUGUAUUCACAACUACACGUGCGCUUUCGGUUUCUUCCUCAUCAACAUCACUGUGCAGGGCAUCUCGGUUUUCAUGCCGACGAUAUUAAACGACCUGGGCUGGACAGCGACAAAGGCGCAGCUCAUGUCUGUACCACCAUACGUCGUGGCCUGCGCGUCAGCUGUGACGGUGGCGUACAUCAGUGACAAAACGCGUCAGCGCGGCAUAUAUCUUGCCCUAUUUUCACUCAUCGCUGUAAUUGGGUUCGCCAUCUUGCGGUUCGAGACCGACGCAAAUAUUCGAUACAUGGCUGUCUUCUUUGUCACCGCGGGCGCGUUCCCUGGCGGGCCCGGAUUUUUGAGUUGGGCUAUGAAUAAUUCUGCGGGACCAUCAGUCCGAGCGGUUACGAGUGCCUAUGUUGUCACAAUCGGCACAAUUGGAGGCAUUGUUGCGACGUGGACGUACACAUUCAAAGAUGCACCCAAGUACUUUGUUGGACACACUAUCAACUUGUUUGGACAGAGUUUGGCCGUACUACUUGCCGUGUUCGGUGUCCUGUAUUGUUUGUAUGAGAAUAGAAUGAGAGCUGCUGGGACAGUCGCCAUCCUCAACUGCAAAAAUGCGCAAAGCUGGAGAGUUGGCGUUUACAUGGAGAAGGAAGAUGAGAAGAGUCUGUUCUACCGCUCCAAUCAUCAAAUAGGAUUUGUCUCGGUUCCCAAUUCUGUUGUAGCCAGGUCAACAUUUGAGAACAUCCUUGUUGGGUCCAGUAACCCAGAAGAUGCAGACUCGCUCUGGAAGAAAUCACAAUCAUCGCAUCAUAUCAUUGUUAACUGGCAUGUACCACAUGGAAGCGACCGGAAGCCUGGUCAGAUACCCUGCUGGGUUGCCAAAACGUUCCCUGCCGGUUCAUGGGUAGAGCACGAGGAAGGACAUUCCGUUGUUCUCUCUUUCGACUACGAAAGAUUCAAGCCCGGUUACGCCUGGCUUCAUUUCGACAGCCAAAUUCAAGAACGCAACAAGAACUUCUGUGUAUUCUUCCUGGUGGAUAGCGACGACGUUGUGAAAACCUUCAUAGACAAGAAUCCGAGAGACAUCUUGCACACGCUACCCCCAGACCCUUUUCACUUCAACAACGACACGGUAUCAUCAGCACAGCUACCUUGUGAAUCCGAGAAUUGUGAAAAGGUUGAAGUCAGACUUUCAACAAGGUGGACGCGGCUCGGAAAGGUCUAUGAUCUAUCUUUACAGUGGAGAGCAAAGGCAGACGAGCCACCCGCCGACGAGCUUUGA